UGGGCUGGGGUGGUCUGUGCUGCGCUGGCUGUGGUGGGCGUUGAGGUUAGUGGUGCUGUGGCCGUGGCCGUGGCGUCCAGGGUGCUGGUCUGGGGUGUUGUCUCGGUGAUCUCGGUGGAAGUGGAGAUUGCUCCGCUGUUCCUGGGUGGAGAGGUCGGGCUGCGGUUAAAAGCGACGUCCUUGAGAGUCUUGGCAAGGAUGGGGACUGUAUCCCUGUACAGGUGAACAUGGUCAUAGAGACAGUCCAGAUCAAGGGUGGGAUGGUGGGCCAGGUGUACAUUGAGUCGCAGGGCACAGUCCUGGGAAAGGCUGGCAUUUUAUUAUUUGGAUCGUGGCAGAGUGGAAGUCCUUCAUCUGUAGAAGGGUUGACACCACGAUCCUUGAGUUGGGAAAGAUUGCGGAGGCCAUCUCAAUCAUUCCCCUUAGUGAAGUCGCCACCAUCUCCUGCUGAGCACGCAGGUCGUUGCUUCCGGUGUGUAUGAUUAUGUGGCUUGGCGACCCAAGCUGGGCCUUAUUAAGCAGCUCCAUGGCACUCUGUGUUGUUGGGCACCACACCUUUCUCAUUUUGUGUCUACGGAAAAGUUUCUCCUACUGAACAAACUUCCCAUUUGAGUCCAUCAACAGGACGAUGUCAGCCAGUGUUUCUUCUGGAAUGGAGGGGGUAGAGUGGGGGCUGGUGGAUGUUGGAUGUUGGAGCUGGGGUGUGGCUGGUCUGUGCCGUUGCCGCUGUCAGUGGGAGGCUGUUCUGUGAGCUGGGGAGGCGUGCAGCAGGCAGGGCAGGGGAGCACAGGAGGCUGCUGAGGGGAGGAAGGCUCAUAAUAAUGUCCGGAAUGGAGCGAAUGGCAUCAAACACCUAUAAACCAUGUGUUUGAUGUAUUUCAUACCAUUCCACCUAUUCCGCUCCAGUCAUUACCACUAGCCCGUUCUCCCCAAUUAAGUAGCCACCAACCUCCUGUGCUGAGGAGGCCUGGCUGGUUGAGGUGGGCUCCUCUGCUGUGUGAGGGCAGGUCACAGAGUGGUGAUCUAUCUGCUCCUGCAGCCUGUUCUCUGUUCUCUUUCUCUGCUGCAGCUCCUCUCUUAGUGUGGUCAGCUCAUUAUUACUGCUUUGCCUGUCUUUUUGGAGCUCUCUCACCUCCUUUGUUAGAUCAGCCAGCUCUCUCUUGAGUCCAUCUCUCUCUUGCUGGACCUCUUUCAGUUGUGCUGCAAGGCUGCGGUCCUGCUCUGUCCGCACCUUGGUUAGGAGAUCCUCUAAGGUGUGGAUGUCUGGUUGCUGUUUGCUCACAUUCUCCCUGAGCAGGACCACCUCCUUCUCCAGUUUGGUGAACUGAGCUUGCUCUGCACUGAGGGGGUCACUCUCUUCCUGGGGCGUGUCCUCCACUAUGGUGGGAAGAUAGGUGCUGGAUGUGCCUUUUUGGGUGGGGAGAGUGGGGGUGAGGGUGGUGCUGGUGGAGUUUCCCUUGUGGGAGGGCAUGUCACUAGUGGUGUCCUUCUCUCUCUCUCUCUGCUCUUCCCUUAAUUGUCUGAAAGUCUGUUUCAAAUAGCCUAAGGUUAACAUGCACCAUGACAGUCCCAGUCUUGUAGAGGUUGAUUUGUUAUCAUGGUGCUGUCAGGGUCUUCUGUCUCAUUUACUUUCAGCUUCCACCCAUUACAGAUUCCCUCGUUCUUUAUGGAUGGGUAGUGAGAGCAGACUGCUGACCGCCAUACAUUUGGCUGGUCAGUGAGAAAGAUUAAAUUACUCACAUCACUGUUUUUGUACAGGUCUGUGAAAAUGGUUUCUGGCCUCCCCUUUAGUAGUUUCUGUUUAAAAUAUUUCCUCGUUGUGUCAUUUUUGGCCUCUGGAGGGUAGAGAAUGGAAUCCACGCUGAGGGGGGACAUGGCGCUUGUGGGCUCUGCUGCUCUGUUCUGCUGUUGCUGCACUGUUGCCAUGGCAACCAUUUUUUGUUUGUCUGCUGCUGUUGCUAGCUAGCUCUAAUUUAGCUAAAAAAAAAAAAAAGAGUGAAAAAUCUUCACACACACAAAAAUAAAUGUUUAAAGUUAGAGUCUGUGCUGCUUUUUGGUUUACUCACUCAGUUUGGUCAUUUGUUCUAGCUCAAUAUUUAGCUUGCUGGCAAGGUUUGUGUUGUGUAGCUGGCUAGGGAGAGUCAAAACUUCUUUAAUUUGAGGUGCAAAGUUACUUUUUUAUAUAUUCUGAUUGAAUCGAGUUGUUGUUCAUCAUUCCUUGUCUUUAAUUAUUUUUAGAUUUGAGAUGUUUAUCUCAUUUUAAAAACAAAAAACUGAGAAAUAAAUCAUGUCUGUAGCUCUCUCUCUCGCUCUCGUGACAGAACAUAUGGCUGCAGUACAGAGCUAAUACACAUGAUUCGGUGAGAACUCACAAAGAGCAGUGUGUAAGAAAACAACUCAGGGACUGUAAAUCUGAGACUUGCUACAGUAAGAUAAAUUAGAAGCAAACUUAUUUUGGAAGUGGGGAACUGAACGGGUUAUGUUAAAAGAAGGACCUUCAUACAAACCUCUAGUCACAUACUGUACUGUACUGUAUGCACCAUAGAGUUGGAUAGCAUUUGACCCAAAGCUUGUUUUAGCAUGGGCAGCUAUUAAGCAUCUCAAAGAUAGAUGAGCUCUCUAGUAGCCUAGUAUGCACCUACCUGUAAUGUUAAAGAGGAAGCCAUGCCACAGUCUUAAAGGGAUGUUGUUUUUAUUUUCUUGCAGAUUCCCGAAGUUUCCUGGACAGUAGUAUGAACCGCACUCCAGCCUCGUCGGAUGGAGAGCUUUUCUGCUCGGAAGUGUCCUUCACUCCCGCCGCCUGUCAGAGAAUGUUCAGCUCCAUGCACUCUGUAUCGUCAAGGAGCCCCGACCCACACAAAAACAAGUACUGUCUUUCUAUCACACUGCAGUGUUUGUGUGUGUGUGUUUACUGUAGCUACAUUUGUGCUUAUACUUGAUCAUCCCCUUCUCUCUCUCUCUCCUCAGCCAAACCCCACCUCCAGUGUGGCUGGACAGGACUCCUAUGUCCCUGUCCUCCCCGUUCAUCCCCCCUUCCUCUCCCUCUCUGUCUCCCCUCAGCCUCCCCAAUGCGCACAGAUCUCCCCUGGGGGUCCAGAGGGACCAGGAGGGGUCUGGGGGCCAAAGCCAGGGUGAGAGGAACCAGGGUGACCAAAGCCAGGGGUACUUAGUCUCUCUGCUGCUGGGGAAUGGAGUUCUGGGUCUGGAGGACAGCCUGUUGGAAGCCGUGGAGGGGCUGGGGGGCCUGAAUCUAGGCCUGGGGCUUGGAGAGGGCGGACUGGCGGGACUGCCACCCUUGCUGCCUGAGAAGAGGGUACCGGGGCUGGCUGGGUCCCAGUCCCCCUCUCUCAGUGGAUUCUCCAGCCCCCACAGUGGUAGUAGCCUCAGCAUCCCCUUCCCCUCAGCCAUGGCCCCUGCCCCUCUCAGAGGACUCAGCGCUGGUGGUGGUAGAGCCCCUUUGCCUGGAUCAGGUAUACACGCACACAGACACACAGUCAGGCAGACACACACACACACACACACACACACACACACACACACACCAUCAUUCCUGUUCCCAAAAACUCUAAGGCAUUAUGCUACGAUGACUACCGACCUGUAACACUCACUUCUGUAAUAAUGAAGUGCUUUGAAAGGCUGGUCAUCGCACACAUCAAUUCCAUCAUCCCAGACACACUGGACCCACUCCAAUUUGCAUACCACACCAACAGAUCCACAGAUGACGCAUUCUCCAUUCCACUCCACUCCACACUGCCGUCUCCAACCUGAUCACCACGACUGACUAUGAGACAGCCUACUAGGAGGCACUGCCCUUGAACGGAAGGCCCUACAGAGGGUGGUACGGAUGGCCCUACAGAGGGUGGUACGGAUGGCCCAGCACAUCACCCGGGGUGAGCUCCCAGUCUAUCCAGGAUGUACAUGCCAGGCAGUGUCUGAGAAAGGCCCGAACAAUUGCCAAAGACUCCAGCCACCUGAGACAUGGACUCUAGUCCAUGCUCCUGUCCGGCAGGCGGUACCGGUGCAUCAAGGCACAGACCAAAAGACUCGUAAUCAGCUUCUAUCCCCUGGCUAUAAGACUGUUAAAUGGCUAACAAUUACUGCUCUCCCUCUCCCACAGACUUUCCGCACUGACUCUAUGCCCAUCCACAGGUAUCCACCCACUCAGACAGACACACCUUCACUGUCAGUCUUACUCACACACACACAGUAGUUUAGUGAAGGGUAUAUGCAGGUAUACGCCGUAUACCCACUUAUUUUUCAGUGGGCAUUGCAUAUACUCACUUCUUAAUCCCCAUUGAUACUUAUCAAAGUAGUUUAUUAUAGGUAUAUGCCGUAUCAAUUAAUAGGUCUGAUGGAACAGAUUGGAAUGUUUACAUGAAAAUGUUGAUAAACUAUUAUUUCUUCACAUUUUAGGCGCAGCAAUGUACACACGGCAGUAGGCCUACGUAGGCCUACGUGUGAAUGUUGCAAAAUGCAAUUUGCGGGAAAACACUGUUCUAAAAUGCGCACCGCACAUGCAAGCAGUUUCGUGGACGGAGAUGGGAAAUAUCCAUUAGAAAGAGGGGAGAUCUAAAGAUGCAACAACUAUCAUGGGUCGCUAAUAUGAUUAGGAUAAUGCCUUUGGCUGCUAGACAAUGAAAGAAAGUUAAAAGAAAACCAAUAGAACAGGAGAAUGCAUAUGAGUAAGUCUUUAUAAAAAUAAUUGCAUCCACGAUUCUAAGGUGGGCUUUUGUCUAUAGGCUACUUUGAAGCAAGGUAAGACAUGCCUCAUAAUAUGAAGUAAAACGUCCAGGUUUCAAAUAAUUAAGGAACAGGAAAAAUAUAGCGACGCUAAUGAUCGGCCUAACCAUCUUCUGGUAGAUGCAAAGUGUGACUGAGAACGAAAACCUGAAGGAAUUGAGGAAAAUCUGAAACCUUUGAAUUUCAGACUCAGUUUAUCUGUUUCAAUAGUAACCUACUAUUAGCCUACUGCACAGUACAGCUUGGGUUGGCCUGACUGUGAAAGACCAAUAUGGGAUUGAUCAUUUUAGGUCAUUCAGAGUGUAUGUCACUGUUUCUCAUAUAAUCUUUCACACUGGGCACCUUUCCUUAGUUGGGCGGGCCGUUUGGAAACAUGUUGGCAGAAUUAGAGUAUACCAACUUCUCCAGGCACCACACCCUCACUCACAUACUCAUUACUGACGUCAUACACUUACACCCAAAAGGUACACACGACCUCACAACUACGCUGCUACUAAAAUUAUUGUGGAUUCGAUGUAGAGUACCAGUCAAAAGUUGACACACCUACUCAUUCAAGGGUUUUUCUUUAUUUUUACUAUUUUCUACAUUGUAGAAUAAUAGUGAAGACAUCAAAACUAUGAAAUAACACAUAUGGAAUCAUGUAGUAACCAAAAAAGUGUUAAACAAAUCAAAAUAUAUUUUAUAUUUGAGAUUCUUCAAAUAGCCACCAUUUGCCAUGACAGCUUUGCACACUCUUUGCAUUCUCUCAUUCGCUGUGUACUACUCCCUUGUACGAGAUCUUCAGUUUCUUGGCAAUUUCUCGCAUGGAAUAGCCUUCAUUUCUUAGAACAAGAAUGGACUGAUGAGUUUCAGAAGAAAGGUAUUUGUUUCUGGCCAUUUUGAUCCUGUAAUUGAAUCCACAAUUGCUGAUGCUCCAGAUACUCAACAAGUCUCAAGAAGGCCAGUUUUAUUGCUUCUUAAAUCAGCACAACAGUUUUCAGCUGUGCUAACAUAAUUGCAAAAGGGUUUUCUAAUUAUCAAUUAGCCUUUUAAAAUGAUAAACUUGGAUUAGCAAACACAACGUGCCAUUGGAACACAGGACUGAUGGUUGCUGAUAAUGGGCCUCUGUACGCCUAUGUCAAUAUUCCAUAAAAAAUCUGCCGUUUCCAGCUACAAUAGCAUGCCUGAUUUCACACUCAACCAUACUGUCGCACACAAUGUUCACUGUGUCUCAAAAAUAUGUGUAUAUUCUAUAGUUCUCUCUUUCUCUCUCUUUACACCAAGUGGUUGUCUCUGUCUGUGCGUUGUGUUGCAGACCCGUUUUCCAGUAAGCAGGACACUGUGAAGUUUGUUCAGGACACAUCCAAAUUCUGGUACAAGCCUGACAUAUCUAGAGAUCAAGGUAAAUAUUGUUUCCGGAUAUUAGACGGGUGCUGCAAGAACGCUUUCUCUGUGUGUGUGUGUGUGUUGGCUUGGAUAUUUUAUUUCCAGCACAGUUCCAGCCAUUAUGCUAGAUGUGCAUUACACAUUGUGCAACCAGGCCAGAGCAGUACAGUUCGGCUUGGCUCUGUUUGUCUCAGUAGUCUGAAAAGGGCAUCACAGUAACUACUGACUAUGACAUGUAGGUGUUGUGACUGUGUUAAACUUCAUUUUUUGACUCCUGUUGUGCUCUGUAGCCAUCGGUUUGCUGAAGGACAGAGAACCUGGAUCCUUCAUUGUCAGGGACAGUCACUCGUUCCGCGGAGCCUACGGAUUGGCUAUGAAGGUGGCCACACCUCCUCCCUCUGUCCUGACACAGAGCAAGAAAGGUGGAUGUGGUAGGCUACAAAUUACCGCAUCCCAAAUGGCAUGCUAUUCCCUAUAAAGUGCCCUUCAUUUGACCAGAGCCCUAUGGGAAUAGGGUGCCAUUUGGGGCGCAGAUUCAGAGGUCCAUAAGUUCCAACAUGGUCUUAUUAGAAUAUGUCAUAACAUUUUACCAUUGUAGUUAUAUGUCACUUCUGACUUUCUUCUAAUGAGAUAUGUCUGUCAGACCAGGUCGGUGUAGGGUGAAAUUGCCCAUAGAUGCUGAUCCUGUGUCAGUUUAGCAUUUUUCCCACUAAUGGUUAGGAUUGGGGGAGGGGAAGCUGAUCCUAGAUCUGUACCUAGGGCACUGGCCAUUUUUCCACACCUCUCUGAUGUCACUUCCUAUCUCCAAAGUGGGUGGCGACCUAUCGAAUGAGCUGGUGAGGCAUUUCCUGAUUGAGUGCACACAGAAAGGGGUGUGGCUUAAGGGCUGUCCCAAUGAACCCUACUUUGGUAAGGACAUAUUCCUGUGUGUUGUGCUGUGUGCCUAUGUAUGUAUGUAUGUAUGUAUGUAUGUAUGUAUGUAUGUAUGUACAGUGAGGGAAAAAGUAUUUGAUCCCCUGCUGACUUUGCCCACUGACAAAGACAUGAUCAGUCUAUCAUUUUAAUGGUAGGUUUAUUUGAACAGUGAGAGAGAAUAACAACAAAAAAAUCCAGAAAAACGCAUGUAAAACAUGUUAUAAAUUGAUUUGCAUUUUAAUGAGGGAAAUAAGUAUUUGACCCCUCUGCAAAACAUGACUUAGUACUUGGUGGCAAAACCCUUGUUGGCAAUCACAGAGGUCAGACGUUUCUUGUAGUUGGCCACCAGGUUUGCACACAUCUCAGGAGGGAUUUUGUCCCACUCCUCUUUGCAGAUCUUCUACAAAUCAUUAAGGUUUCGAGGCUGACGUUUGGCAACUUGAACAUUCAGCUCCCUCCACAGAUUGUAUAUGGGAUUAAGGUCUGGAGACUGGCUAGGCCACUCCAGGACCUUAAUGUGCUUCUUCUUGAGCCACUCCUUUGUUGCCUUGGCCGUGUGUUCUGGGUCAUUGUCAUGCUGGAAUACCCAUCCACGACCCAUUUUCAAUGCCCUGGCUGAGGGAAGGAGGUUCUCACCCAAGAUCUGACGGUACAUGGCCCAAUCCAUCGUCCCUUUGAUGCGGUGAAGUUGUCCUGUCCCCUUAGCAGAAAAACACCCCCAAAGCAUAAUGUUUCCACCUCCAUGUUUGACAGUGGGGAUGGUGUUCUUGGGGUCAUAGGCAGCAUUCCUCCUCCUCCAAACACGGCGAGUUGAGUUGAUGCCAAAGAGCUCCAUUUUGGUCUCAUCUGACCAUAACACUUUCACCCAGUUCUCCUCUGAAUCAUUCAGAUGUUCAUUGGCAAACUUCAGACGGGCCUAUAUAUGUGCUUUCUUGAGCAGGGGUCCUUGCGGGCGCUGCAGGAUUUCAGUCCUUCACGGCGUAGUGUGUUACCAAUUGUUUUCUUGGUGACUAUGGUCCCAGCUGCCUUGAGAUCAUUGACAAGAUCCUCCCGUGUAAUUCUGGGCUGAUUCCUCACCAUUCUCAUGAUCAUUGCAACUCCACGAGGUGAGAUCUUGCAUGGAGCCCCAGGCCGCGGGAGAUUGACAGUUCUUUUGUGUUUCUUCCAUUUGCGAAUAAUCGCACCAACUGUUGUCACCUUCUCACCAAGCUGCUUGCGAAUGGUCUUCUAGCCCAUUCCAGCCUUGUGUAGGUCUACAAUCUUGUCCCUGACAUCCUCGGAGAGCUCUUUGGUCUUGGCCAUGGUGGAGAGUUUGGAAUCUGAUUGAUUGAUUGCUUCUGUGGACAGGUGUCUUUUAUACAGGUAACAAACUGAGAUUAGGAGCAUUCCCUUUAAGAGUGUGCUCCUAAUCUCAGCUCGUUGCCUGUAUAAAAGACACCUGGGAGCCAGAAAUCUUUCUGAUUGAGAGGGGGUCAAAUACUUAUUUCCCUCAUUAAAAUGCAAAUCAAUUUAUAACAUUUUUGACAUGCAUUUUUCUGGAUUUUUGUUGUUGUGAUUCUGUCUCUCACUGUUCAAAUAAACCUACCAUUAAAAUUAUAGACUGAUCAUUUCUUUGUCAGUGGGCAAAUGUACAAAAUCAGCAGGGGAUCAAAUACUUUUUUCCCUCACUGUAUGUAUGUACAGUGGGGGAAAAAAAGUAUUUAGUCAGCCACCAAUUGUGCAAGUUCUCCCACUUAAAAAGAUGAGAGAGGCCUGUAAUUUUCAUCAUAGGUACACGUCAACUAUGACAGACAAAUUGAGGAAAAAAAAUCCAGAAAAUCACAUUGUAGGAUUUUUUAUGCAUUUAUUUGCAAAUUAUGGUGGAAAAUAAGUAUUUGGUCACCUACAAACAAGCAAGAUUUCUGUCUCUCACCGACCUGUAACUUCUUCUUUAAGAGUCUCCUCUGUCCUCCACUCGUUACCUGUAUUAAUGGCACCUGUUUGAACUUGUUAUCAGUAUAAAAGACACCUGUCCACAACCUCAAACAGUCACACUCCAAACUCCACUAUGGCCAAGACCAAAGAGUUGUCAAAGGACACCAGAAACAAAAUUGUAGACCUGCACCAGGCUGGGAAGACUGAAUCUGCAAUAGGUAAGCAGCUUGGUUUGAAGAAAUCAACUGUGGGAGCAAUUAUUAGGAAAUGGAAGACAUACAAGACCACUGAUAAUCUCCCUCGAUCUGGGGCUCCACGCAAGAUCUCACCCCGUGGGGUCAAAAUGAUCACAACAACGGUGAGCAAAAAUCCCAGAACCACACGGACCUAGUGAAUGACCUGCAGAGAGCUGGGACCAAAGUAACAAAGCCUACCAUCAGUAACACACUACGCCGCCAGGGACUCAAAUCCUGCAGUGCCAGACGUGUCCCCCUGCUUAAGCCAGUACAUGUCCAGGCCCGUCUGAAGUUUGCUAGAGUGCAUUUGGAUGAUCCAGAAGAGGAUUGGGAGAAUGUCAUAUGGUCAGAUGAAACCAAAAUAGAAAUUUUUAGUAAAAACUCAACUCGUCGUGUUUGGAGGACAAAGAAUGCUGAGUUGCAUCCAAAGAACACCAUACCUACUGUGAAGCAUGGGGGUGGAAACAUCAUGCUUUGGGGCUGUUUAUCUGCAAAGGGAUCAGGACGACUGAUCCGUGUAAAGGAAAAAAUGAAUGGGGCCAUGUAUCGUGAGAUUUUGAGUGAAAACCUCCUUCCAUCUCAAGGGCAUUGAAGAUGAAACGUGGCUGGGUCUUUCAGCAUGACAAUGAUCCCAAACACACCGCCCGGGCAACGAAGGAGUGGCUUCGUAAGAAGCAUUUCAAGGUCCUAGAGUGGCCUAGCCAGUCUCCAGAUCUCAACCCCAUAGAAAGUCUUUGGAGGGAGUUGAAAGUCCGUGUUGCCCAGCGACAGCCCCAAAACAUCACUGCUCUAGAGGAGAUCUGCAUGGAGGAAUGGGCCAAAAUACCAGCAACAGUGUGUGAAAACCUUGUGAAGACUUACAGUAAACGUUUGACCUGUGUCAUUGCAAACAAAGGGUAUAUAACAAAGUAUUGAGAAACUUUUGUUAUUGACCAAAUACUUAUUUUCCACCAUAAUUUGCAAAUAAAUUCAUUAAAAAUCCUACAAUGUGAUUUUCUGGAUUUCUUUUCUCAUUUUGUCUGUCAUAGUUGACGUGUACCUAUGAUGAAAAUUACAGGCCUCUCUCAUCUUUUUAAGGUGGAGAACUUGCACAAUUGGUGGCUGACUAAAUACUUUUUUUCCCCACUGUAUGUGUAUAUCUGUUCUGUUCUGUUCUGGUGUGUUGUGUUGUGUGCAUAUAUGCACUGUAUGGGUGCAUAUGUUCAGUUGUGUGAAGUAAUACAAUGUAUCCCUCAGGUGGACAUACUCAGUAGUGCAUCUAAACAGGUCCACAAAAUCUGGUCCAAAAAAUAUUAUUGGUUGACCAUCGACUAGAUGGCAAGGUAUAUGAAAGCAUUUGAGACAGUGUUUUCUGUUCCUCACAGGAAGUCUGACUGCGUUGGUCUGUCAACAUUCCAUUACCCACUUGGCCCUGCCCUGCAACCUCAUCAUCCCCGACAGAGGUAAGAAUGUGUGUGUUUCCUUGUGUUUCUAUAAAUACAAUUAUAUCAGUUCCAACUAAACUUCCUUUUUCUUCCUGUGUUGUCAGACCCUCUGGAAGAGACAAGUGAGCCUUCAACACAGUCAGUAACCAACUCUGCUGCUGAGCUACUCAAACAGGGAGCAGGUACUUUAUAAUCUCAGCUCUCUUCUCUGACAUUGUGUGUGUGUUUGUCAACUUUCAUUGUGUAACAUGUAUGCUUCUCCGUGUGGUUGCUGGGCUCAGUAGAGCUGCAGUCUCUGACUGGGUACCAGGCUGUAUGUGUGUUAGAGUGUGUAACGUGUGUGUGUGCGUGUUACAAUGUGGAACGGGUGUGUGUCUCUCUACCUAGCUUGCAAUGUGUGGUUCCUGGGCUCAGUAGAGCUGGAGUCUUUGACAGGGUACCAGGCUGUGCAAAAGGCAGCCAGUCUGACUCUGGCCAUGGACUCUCCUCCAACCUCCACUGUGGUCCACUUCAAAGUCUCAGCCCAGGGCAUCACCCUCACCGACAAUCAGAGGAAGUGAGUCAUACACCCACUUGCAUGAUCACACAUGCACGCAUGUGAACACACAUACAGUGGGGAAAAAAAGUAUUUAGUCAGCCACCAAUUGUGCAAGUUCUCCCACUUAAAAAGAUGAGAGAGGCCUGUAAUUUUCAUCAUAGGUACACGUCAACUAUGACAGACAAAAUGAGAUUUUUUUUCUCCAGAAAAUCACAUUGUAGGAUUUUUAAUGAUUUUAUUUGCAAAUUAUGGUGGAAAAUAAGUAUUUGGUCACACAAUGUGAUUUUCUGGAUUUUAUUUCUUCUCAAUUUGUCUGUCAUAGUUGGCGUGUACCUAUGAUGAAAAUUACAGGCCUCUUUCAUCUUUUUCAGUGGGAGAACUUGCACAAUUGGUGGCUGACUAAAUACUUUGUUUCCCCACUGUACAUACACACGUAUGCGCUUGAGCACGCAUACGUAUGCAUGCACACACACAUAAUGUAAAGAACCUCUUACAAAAUAAGGGUACGGUAUUGUUCCCUGGGUAACAAAAAUAUCUAAAUACAGAUAAUGUACCUUCAGAGGUACACAGAAUGAUCUCACAUGGGAUUGUUCAGUAACUUUUUUGAUACAUGUGCGGAUAAAAAGUAUGAGGGUCCAUUUUGGUACCCAAUAUUUUGAAUAUUAAGAUACAAUCAUCACACUCUAGCUCUCGGCAUAUGGUGAAGGUACAUUUCUGUUUCCCAAUACAUUGCAGAAAAGCAAUGUAUUGAAGGAAGGGACAUGUUUUGUACGGUACAAUUAUUCAUUUUUGCCACCUAAAAAGGCACAUUUGUACCAUAUUCAUUAUCAUUAUCAUAUUUCCCAGCAGGCUCUACUGCAGGUUGAUUUUUUUAGAAUUGUUUUUAAUAUCUGUGUUUUUGCAUGUACAUUAAUUGAUUGAUUCAUCUUAUGGUACACAAAGAUAAAUAACAUACAUUUUCUAAACUAAUCCAAUCAGUUAGUUAAAUGUUCUGCACCAGUGACUUAAAUGGUUGUUCCAGUUUAAAUUACUUAGGUAGUCACAAUGUUCUGAACCCUGGCAGUCAUUCUGAAGGCAGGUUGCGGGUGAAUAAAAAUGCCAACUGUUUGAUAUCCUAACUCUGGCUGGAUUCCUAUAGAAAUUACACAUUCCUUUGCAAACCAGCAUAAUGUGACUUGCAGGUAGGGUUGCAAAAUGCUGGUUACUUUCCAAGGCUUCCAGAAGUUCUGGUUGGAAGAUCCUUUCCUGGAAACGGGAGGGAGUAAGUGCAGGAAAUCCAGAAUCCUUCAACCAAGAUCUCUGGGAAUUUUGCAACCAUACGUGCAGGCCUGAUGUUGCCUGUAAACCAUGAGGGUCAGGCUCCUGUAUUAGGGUAAAAUUAGGCCUCACAAUAAGGCCUCAUGAGAUAUGUAAUGUAUUGUCAUAAAGAGUAAAAUUGUAGCUUAUUUUAUUAGUUUUUUCAAAAAUGAUUUUUACAAGUAAUUUUUCAGACCAUGUCUCUGUCAAUAACAAAUACGGUCAUGGGUGGUAACUCUACAAUUCACUCGAAAAGGCAAGUCACACUUGUAUUUUAUAUAGGAGGCAUGGCUUAGUGCAGGGGUGGUUUUCAGUUAUUUUUGGCCACCCUUGAGUGGAACUGUUGUACCAGUUUAAGUGGUCUUUGAUAGAGGUAAAGUUUUGCAACUUUCAGUGAAGACACUGCGGUGGUUCCAAAUAAAGAAAAAUAUAUACCUUUUCUAAGAGCAUGCUUUUGUAUCUGUGGAGUAUAUGUAAGAAAGGUACUAUCUAUUAAGGGUAUCCUCAGGUGGACUGUGAACCUGGGGUCCAAGCUCUGCGGGCUGCAAUGCAUGGGCCUUCAGGUUCUCUAGGAUCAAGGGACAAGGCCAAGCGCAUCAUAGAGGACCCCACACAUAAUCUUGCCCAAUUUUUCUGAGCUGCUGCCCUCUAGAAGGAGAUUAACGGUCCCACUGCUCAGCAAGAAUAGGAGCAAGGUAAGUUUCAUUCCAUCAGCCAUCAGGUUGCUGAUCAGUGGGACAUAGGACAGAUGCAGGCCCAAUACACGGUUGGACAGUAGGCCGCAGACUUUGAAUACUGUAUGUGAAAAUUUAAAUGUGUGACUUGUAUACUAACUUUCCAGUUUUAUGUACUGCAUGUAAUAUAUUGUGUUGUGAUUGUGUAUUUGUAUGCUGACGUCACAAAAUGUAAAUGUAAAAUAAAGUAUACCGUAUCGUAUCUGAGGUACGAACUGGGGUAGAAUCAUGUACCUGUAACUAAAGGUACAAAGGACUACCUUACAGGGUACCACCCAGUGACAAGCGUUGGUACCUCUUUAGGAACAAAUCUAAGCCUUUUUUCCAAUAGUGUAGUUACGACAGAUAUUGUAUAGCUACACUGCAAUGUACUCAGUCACCCCUCACUGUCUCUGUCUGUAGGCUGUUCUUCAGGAGACACUACACUGUCAAUACCGUCAUAUUCUGUGCCCUUGACCCACAGGACCGCAAGUGAGUACCGUACACUCUAGUGUGUGUGUGUGUGUGCGUGUGUGUCAGAUAAUCAUGCAUGGUAACUAACUAUUCUCUCCUCACCAGGUGGAAAAGAGAUAGCUGCUCCUCUGCUAAGUAAGUCAUUCCCUCACUUCACCUCCUGUCUUUAUUUUUCUCUCUCUUACUCGCUCUCUUUCUCUCUCUUUCUCUCGAUCUCUCGUUCUCAAUGUGUUUCACAAUUUUUCUCUAUAUCUUUACAUAUCUCUCUCUAUCCCUCAGAGAGAUAUCACUUCUCUUUUCUGAAUUAUUUGCUGAAUAGCAACGGAAAAUGUUUUGCAAUGAAAACAAUACUUUCUUUUUGGAAAGAUUCCGGUAGGUCCCUCUCCGUUUUGGCCCAUAUGUUUCUGUUGCAUUCCUAGUGAACAUGACCCUGGAUUCUCCUGUUUGGCUUGAAGCUGAAGGCUUACUGAGCUUCUCUGCUGUUUCUCCUCCUGUCAGGAUCUUUGGUUUCGUGGCGAGGAAGUCGAUGACUGGGACAGAGAAUGUGUGUCACCUGUUUGCUGAACACGACCCCGAACAACCCGCCAGCGCCAUCGUCAACUUCAUCUCCAAGGUGAUGAUUGGAUCACUGAAGAAA